AUGGGUUGCCUGGAGUUCCUCGAAGACUUUUUCUUUGGUUUUUGGGACUAUGAGACUCCAAAGGUGAUGGUGGUGAAGGACAGAAAACUAGGAGUCAUUUACAGAGCUGUUCAGUUCCUGGUGAUCACAUAUUUCAUUUGGUAUGUAUUUAUCAGUCAGAAAGCAUAUCAGGAGACCGAGACCCGCCCAGAGAGCUCCGUGUACACUGAGAUGAGAGGUGUGGCCAUGCUGGGAGACAGCAUUCAGGACACAACAGAAUACGUCCAACCAUCUGAGGGUGGUGAUGUCAUCAGCACCAUACUAAGAAGAGAGGUGACGCAUGAUCAGACGCAGGGCACAUGUGCUGAGCAUUACAGUGUUGCCAAUGCAAACUGCACAAAAGAUUCUGACUGCGUUAAAGGGGAAACUGAUUUCGAUGGUCAUGGUCAAAGAACAGGACGAUGUAUACCUUACUACAAUUACACAUUCAAGACCUGUGAGAUCAAAUCUUGGUGUCCCAUUGAGGAACAUGCUGUUGUUAGGGAACCAGCUUUGGAACAGGCAAUUAAUUUCACUGUGUUCAUAAAGAAUGCCAUCCAUUUCCCAAAGUUUAAAGUUCUAAGGGGAAACAUCAAACCAAACAAGCCAAAGAAGUUGGCACGUUGCCACUACCACCCAGAAACCAACCCAUACUGUCCUGUGUUCAGCCUUGGCUUUAUCGCAACACAGGCCAGAGAAAAAUUCAGUGAACUUUGCAGAACUGGUGGAAUUAUUGGAGUGUUCAUUAACUGGAAGUGUGAUUUUGAUGUGGAUCCCUCGGAGUGCAUUCCAACAUAUUCAUUUAGAAGGCUGGACAUGAGAAAAGAUCUGCCCAGCUCAGAGUACUACUACAGGUUUGCGAAGAACUACCAUAAGGAUGGUGUUGAGUACAGAUCGCUUAUAAAAGCAUAUGGGAUUCGGCUGGAUGUCAUCGUACAUGGACAUGCAGGAAGAUUCAGUCUAAUUCCAACCAUCAUCAACACAGUGACGGCCAUGACUUCAGUAGGAAUUUGCUCCAUCAUCUGUGAUUGGAUCAUGCUGACAUUCAUCGAUAAGAAUGAAGUCUUCAGCGAGAAGAAAUUUGAUGAUGUCUCUAAAGAACCCUGUCGGCCAAUCACAACAGAACUCACUCUUACAAGCUAUGACUCCACCCACUCUGAUCUCUCAGAGGGUGUGCCAUUGUGA